AAUAAACAAGAAUUGCGAAAUAUUGCGAAUCGCGAUAUUGCGGACGCUCCUUAAGAAGAACCCAUAAUUCUUCAUCGCUUGUACGCGUUCGUAUAUAGUACAUGACGAAAGUGUAUGUAUGCUCGGUUGGGAUCAUCUCCGAGUCCUAAGUUUGACAGAUGACCGAUUGUCACUGUUUGAUAAAGUGAGGAUCGAGAAAAGCAAGCCGACAUGGAGGCAGUGCCCAGAUUGCCGAUGAUAUGGUUCCAAGUAAAAGUCAGUCCGGAACCAACCACUUUCGGACCGAAGCUCAAACAGUACAUAAGAGAUUUUUACAAUGAGGACCCUGAGUCAUACAACAAUGAAAUACAUCAGUUGGAAAGUUUACGCUCGAUGGCAGUUAGACCUCCUGUCGAUAUGGCUGGCUGUGUACUAUUAAAGAAAUAUUAUUGCCAGUUGCAUUUUCUUCAAAGCAGAUUUCCCAUGUACAAGGAUGGCCCUGCUGCAGUCACAUUUACAUGGAGAGACACCUAUGCAAACUUGGUGUGCUCAUUGGCUAGUAUCCGUUUUGAGAUAAUAUCAAUUUUAUACAAUAUUGGAGCAAUACACAGCCAAUUGGGCGCACGAACUGAAAGAAACAGUGCAGAUGGAAUGAAGAUGGCAUGUACUCAUUUCCAGUGUGCAGCAUGGGCUUUUGAACAUUUGCGGAGUAGUUUUCCUCAGCCAUCUGGUAUUGAUCUAUCACCGGAAUUAAUGACUUUUAUGCAUCAACUUUGCUUGGCUCAAGCUCAAGAAUGUAUAUUGGAAAAGAGCAUGUUGGAUAAUCGUAAGCCAACAAUUGUAGCAAAAGUUGCAAAGCAAAUAGUAGAUUACUUCACCAUGGCCCUAAUCACAUUGGAGCAAGGUGGAGCUGAAGAUGGCACUAUAUCUGACACUGUGGGUAACAAAAUUUAUAAGAGCUGGAAACGUUAUGUCAAGUUUAAAAAAGCGUAUCAUAUGGCUGUUACAUAUCUUUAUCAAGGUCUUGCUGCAGAAGAACAAAGAAAAAUGGGAGAACGAGUUGCUUUUUACAAUGCCGCAUUAGCAUCCCUUAAUGAGGCACAUACAAUCUAUGAUUUUGCAAACGUAAAAGAGGAAAAAGCUGCGGUAGAAGAAUCCCUCACCUUUACAAAUGAUGUAAUCGAAGGCAAGAGAAAAGCCGCUAAAAAUGAAAACGAAUUUAUCUAUCAUGAAGAAGUGCCCGAAAAAGAAAGCCUUCCUACUGUGAAAGGCGCGUCUUUGGUUAAAGGAAUAUCAUUUAAUAUAAACGAUCCGGAGGUAUCAGGACAAGAUAUAUUUGCAAGACUAGUUCCUAUGAAAGUACAUGAAGCGAGUUCCCUUUAUUCAGAGGAAAAAGCCAAAAUAUUGCGUUCAAUUGGAGUCAAAAUUGAGGAAAAAGAUCAAUAUCUCAAUACUUAUCUUACUUCUUUGAAACUGGAACAUAUGAAUUUAUGGGAUCCUGAUUCACAAUCUUCAGAAUGGGAAUGCUUACCUCUUCCAGAAGAAUUAAUCGAACGAUGCGCUGCGCUUAAUGCAAAACAACAUAUUAUUCAAGAUUUGGUAGAUAUUAUGGGAAAAUUAUCUGAAACAAGUCAAGAUGUUGAAAGAAUUCUAAAAGAAAUAUCGAAAUUUCUUUUGGAUGAGGAACAGAAGGAAAAACAAUACCAAGAUGCAGUAGGCAAAAGACCGCCAUCCAUAGUAGCAACAGAUUUAACUAGAGAAGCUAAAAAAUAUGAAGAAGCACAUAACAAGGCUUCCGAGAGCAAUCAAGCUCUUCAUAAAGCAAUAACCAUGCAUGUAAAGAAUUUAAAAAUUCUUGCACAGCCACUCGCUGAUUUAAUGGCUCAUAUUCCUUCACCAAACACACAACUUGCAGAUCAAAAUUCUGAUCAAAAAUCACAAAAUGCGAAGGAAAUAGAGAAAAUGCAUACUAAAGAGCUGAAACGUGUAUUAAAUAAAGUAGAUGAAAUGCGAAUGCAGAGACUUGAUCUUCAUACCAAAUUACGAGACCAAAUUGCGCAGGAUGAUUUAACGCGAUUACUAGUCACGGCUACAUCCGAAUCUGCCUCUUUGGAUCGUCUAUUUGCAGAUCAGCUUAGCAAGCAUCAAAGUUUGGUAAACUUGAUAGAACAAAAUCUUGCUGCUCAAGAUAAUAUUUUAGCAGCUUUAACGGAUGUCUAUGCACAGACUGCCAAUGUACGAAAAAAUGUAGAAGAAGUACUGAAACGUAGAGAAAUGACUAUAUCUUCUUUGAUCAAUUCUUAUGACACGUAUGAGGAUUUGCUAGCGAAAUCGAGCAAAGGUUUAGAAUUUUAUAGAAAAUUAGAAAUAAAUGUUUCCAAGCUAUUACAACGAGUUAAAAGUACAUGUAAAGUUCAAGAAGAAGAGCGAGAACAGAUACUUGCGCAGGAUAGUAAGAAUACAUACGACAAAACAGAUGCAACAAUAUCGACGACUUACGAUCAAGGGCGUCCUCGAUCUAGUAAUGGCUUGAAAUUGAAAGAUUAUUUGAACAGCAGAGUGGAAGGUGGUACUGGGUAUCAAAAUCCAUAUUACAAUUUGUACAAAGGACAUGCCACGUCGAUGCAAAUGGAUUCGAAAUCAUUGGCAACUGAUAUGGAAAAUAAGCAUGCAAUUCAAUCUUCAAGUACAAUACCCGUAUCAGAAAUUCCGUCCUCAUCUGUGAAAUCAUCACAUUAUUAUCCUACAACAUAUGCUGAUUAUAGAACAAAUUCUCCAUAUUUGUAUGGAGCGACUUAUUAUGAAAAUCCAGUUGCUAAUAGCAUCUUAAGUCAGAACUACUUGCCAACUACUACGAGUACUGCGAGCAUAUAUCAACAACCAACUCUAUCCACGCCAACUGCGGGCGUAUCAAGUGCACAAUAUCCUGCUAGUUCCUAUCUACCCAAUGGGCAAACUCUGUCCACAUCUGCUAUCGGUCAAGACAAAUUCCGCGACGUCUCGCAUUCUAACUACAAUGUUUCUAAUAUUGCUUUACAAUACACUUAUCAGUCGCCGACGGGUUAUAAUAGCUAUAACAUCACAACACCAUAUAUUGUUAAUCAAGAGAAAGUUGCAAUUAAAAGCGGAACAGCGGAGACGACGCCACAGGUUCAGCAAGUAUCGCAAAUGCCGCCUGUUUCUACGAUCAGCGCGACGAACAGCUCCGUAUCGGCAGAUGUCGGGCAAACGUCUUACGGCAUUGUGCAACAAGCUCAGCAAUACGAUAAUCAACAGAAGACGACUCUAAGCCAAGAGAUGUAUCACGGCGGUCAGAAUGCUGCAAGACUUCAAACAACGAUGCCAGCAAAAGAUAAUACAUUGACGCAAAACUAUCCACUCCCUCAAACUGGCCAUUCUGAAAUUACGUAUCCACAAAAUUAUCAAAACACCGCGUAUUAUAAUCCGGCGGAAUUGCAAACCCAGCGAGUCCCGUAUACUCAGGGCACAUGUACUCCAGAUACGACUGUCGUUCCUCCGACGCAAUAUAUACAAUCACAGCAACCGAGUACGAGCGAUCAGUCUGCACAUUCCGUAGUAUCGACAAGCGAAGUCUCGGUAUCGUACCCUUCGAAUUUACAUGAUGUUAAUCCUGUCCAGUAUCCGCAGCAGACCGGUACAGAACCGGGUAAACAAAAUUACACAGACAAAACGUACGUCGCUUACGGCACGCAAGUGCAGAUGAACACUAUCACACCGAAUUAUCCUGGUACUUAUCAAAAUUAUCAGCAUGGAGUUACUGGUACGCCAUAUCAACAAGCUAGUAUGUUACCGGGAGACGCGUCCAACACAUACGCCUAUAUAAACAAUUCGAGUAGCUCGGAAAUGAUACAGAGCCACGCGAAACCAACGACGGUGCAGAGUUACUCACAAUCGUAUCAAUAUUCGCAGCAAAUUCCUUAUUCAGGAUAUGUGCAAUAUCCGAAUUAUUCACAGGAUCAAAAUUAUGCCUACAUGCAAAGCGCACAUGGAAUAAAUACGAUGGCGUACACGUAUAAUUCUGCUAGUCAGGGCUAUACUUAUGCGUCCAAUCCCCAAGAUACUCAGACUCCUCAGACGUUAGAAGCUACGGUUUCGGUAACAUCCUCCAACGUUACGGCUAGUGCCAUGUAUCAACAGCAGGAAACAAAUGCAAGAUACACAAACGCGGGCAAUAACGCCGUGGUCAGUCAAACGCCAUCCUCGCAAUACAGUCAAGUUUAUCAGCCGCAAACACAAGCCGAAAACGAUACGUAUUAUACUAUGCCUUACGGUCUUCAAAUGCAAGGUCAAGCUGGUUCGGUAAUGAGACCUGAAAAUUAUACCAAUUACAAUCAAACAUAUAUGCAGGCCGUGAAUAAUGGAACGAACACAACAACAAGUGCUAAUCCGAUGAAACUUACGACCAAAUUCGAAGAAUCAAAAUCGAAUGUUGAUCUUCUUUCCGAUCUCGAUAUUACUAUAAAUCAUGCUCCUCUCGUGCCAGAAGUACGACCUCUUUCUACAACACAGAAGAAAGAGGAGGCAGUGACGGACGAUACUACGGAAAAUGAUAGGGUAGAAAAAAACGAACAAGACGAAGCCUGUAAGACUGAACAGGAAGCAGCAGCUUCCAUCGAAGAUAAAAGUAAUCAUGAGAACUUGCAAAUUGUAUGGGAUACAUGGUACAAUGACGUUCAACCGAAGAAAGAUCCUCUAGGAGAACCAGCAGCAUUACAAAAAUUUAAUAAUGAUGUUGAGAAAUAUGAAAAAUUUGUAAAUAGUUUACUCGUAAAAACCUUAAGUGGUGCUACGAAUCUUGAUAUUAAAUGGAAAGAAGUUCAAGAUUUUGAAGAACGAGAAAAUGGGAAACAGUCAAGCACAGUAGCGUUAGCUCAUUCGUCCGAAAAUCGAACAGUUGAUUGUAUUCCAUAUGACACAACUCGGGUGCAAAUAUUAUCAUCAGAUGUUUCGUCAUACAUAAAUGCGUCUCACAUUAUGGAAAUUACACAGUGGAUACCUACAGCAUUUAUCAUAACUCAAACACCUUUAACAGAUAAAUUAGAUGUCUUUUGGACGAUGAUCUGGGAACAAGAGAGUGAAGUUAUUGCAUGUUUAGCAUCUGAUGCUCAGUUGAAUGGAGAAUUAUAUUGGCCCAUAAAUGAAGAAAAUAAUUUAGAUGUGGGAAAUUUUAUUAUUUCGCUAAAGAAAAUAAUUAAUCAUACAACUUACAUUCAAAGAACUCUUUCUAUACAACAUAACAAAAAGAAAUCUGAGAGAAUCGUUGUGCACAUGCAAUUUCUUGUGUGGCCUUCUAACGGUUUUCCGAGUAGUCCUGGUGCAAUACUUGCAUUUUCAAGCGAUGUGAUGACAGAGCAGGCAUUAAGACGUUGCUCUCCUAAGCCUGUAAUUGUACAUUGUUUAGACGGUGGUUCAUUAAGUAGUCUGUUUUUAUUAGCUGCUGCAACAGUAUGUCAUAUACGAGCGGGUUGUGGUAUCGUGGAUGUACCACUGGUUUUUAAAGGCCUUGCAAAAUGUCGCAAACAAGUUGUGAAUAAGGAAUCAUUAUUAUUUGCAUAUAGACUAGUAUUGUAUCACGCUCAGGAUAUUUUAAUGAAACGCGGUAUUCUAUCAUCUACUCGAGCCACAUUCGACAAUUUGGAUGGCUUUAAAGGAAAUAAGGAGAAAACAUCACGAAAAUUACAAUGUCAUCCUUCGGAUGAUUUUCUUCAUAAUCUCGGCGUGGGGAUACGUCCUGAUUCUGAGCAACCAGGGAAAACAACACAAACAAUUUUAACAAGUGACAACACAUCAAAUAAAAGCUCAUCGUCGCAAGAAAAAUCUAAUGGUGGAAUCAUUGAUCCUUUGAAUCAAUUGGAUCCUUUAUGGUCCAUUAGAAGAUAAUUAUACAACGCUAGGAAUAUAAAUUCCAUUAUGCAGCUUUAAACGAUUAUUUAAACGAAAUAGGCAUUCCUAUCUUUGUUAAAGUGAUUAAUAAAAAUAUCAAGCUAGACUUUUUCAGACAGCUUGUAUAAAUAAUGUUAUAAUAUGGAAGAUUAAAGAGUAAUCGAUGCAUCUAAAUUAGCCUUGAAAUAAAAGACAUUUAUUCAAGUAUUUGUGUGCUCUAAUCCUUAAGUUUUAACAGUUUUACAAUCUGUUAAGUAUAUAAAAUAAAAAAAAUAUAAAAUACA